UAUAACCAGACAAAACGCACUUGUGUCCAGUCUCUCACGACCGGCGUUAUUGGCGGUCACACUUCAAGUGACCUCUAAAUAAGUGAGAAUUUCUCAACUAUGCAUGGCUUAAUCAUCAGUGUUCUACUUUGCCUUAUCGCACUCACAAGUGCGAGCGUCAUCCCAAACAAAUACAACGCGGAAAGAAACGAAUUACUAACGCAAGAAGAUGAACUCUUCCUCGGGGGAAAACUUAAACUCACAGAAGAUGAAGAAAACGUCAACGAUAUCCUCAUGCACUGGAAGAGAGAAGAGGUAGAUGAAUCCUUCGCGAACCCUGAGAACUACAACUUUUCCAAACAUUUCUUCAGGUACAGAAACGACGUGAGCAAGUCCAAAGUGUACCAGAUCAUAAAGAAGAUGCCGAAAGGCGCGGUGCUGCACGUGCAUGCCAGCAUGAUGCUGGACACGGAUUCUUUAUUGAGACUGACGUACGAAGACCAUUUGUACGCUUGUUACGGCGACGGCCAUUUACAAUUACGUUUCGCGGACACCGUUCCCGCACAAUCAUGCCCAUUUAAGUGGGAGCUACUCAGUGAUCUCAGAAAUUCCUCAGGUGACGUCGAGGCAUUCGACGCCGAACUAAGGAAACACCUUACUUUGUACACUGAUGACAAGAAAUUACAAGACUCAGAUAUCAACGACACCUGGAAGAGAUUCGAGAAGGUCUACGAUGUAGUGUCAGCCAUCAUUCACUACAGACCGGUCAGGGAGAAAUUCAUCUAUGAAUCUCUUAAAUACUUCUACGACGACAAUGUUAUGUACGUCGAAAUCAGGAGCGGGCUACAUAACCUUUAUGAGUUGGACGGAACUGUGCACGAUCGAAUGUACUUCGCUACUCUCUACGAGAAGGUAACCAACGAGUUCAUACGGGAUUACCCCGAUUUUGUUGGAAUAAAGUUUAUAUUAACAUCUGGGCGUUGGAAGAGCCCGGAGAUGGUCCGUAGAACAUUGGAACUGGCCCGAAAAUUGAAGGCGGAGAAGCCUAAAUUCUUUGCGGGUUUCGAUUUAGUCGGUCAGGAAGAUUUGGGUAGACCAUUAUCUGAUUUUCUGCCGGUUUUGAUGGAAGCGAAGAAAGACAUGGACUUUUUCUUUCAUGGUGGAGAGACAAAUUGGUUUGGAACUACGACUGAUGAGAACUUAGUGGACGCAGUGCUGUUAGGAUCAAAGAGGAUAGGUCACGCGUAUGCGCUGAUCAAACAUCCAGUUAUAUUGUCGGCUGUUAAGCAGAGGGACAUUGCGCUUGAAGUGAAUGUGAUUUCUAAUGUGGUGUUAUCUUUGGUGCGUGAUGUGCGGAACCAUCCGUUGGCUUCUUAUUUAGCUAUGGGGUUGCCAGUGGUGUUAUCAAGUGAUGAUCCUGGAGCAUGGGAGGCUGAUCCCUUGUCGCAUGACUUUUACGUGGCUUUUGUUGGUAUUGCCAGUAGACAAGGAGAUUUGCGAAUGCUGAAACAACUAGCCUUCAAUUCUAUAAUAUACAGUGCCUUAGAUGACCACGGAAAGAAUAGAUUAAUUAGUGUUUUCAACAAAAGGUGGAGUGAGUUUGUGAAGUACGUUUUGUCGCAACACUCAUGGGCUUAAGGAUAGUGAAAAUUGUAAGUUAUUAAUAAUUUUAGAUGAGUAAUCCGUAGAUUUAAAGAGAGGAGCGAAUUUAUUUUUAUAAUGAUUAGUUAAGUUCCUACUUUUAUUGUAAAUACUUUAUUACCUACUAGGUUUACAAGGCUAUGAAAUAGUGUUAUCUUCUGAAUUUCAAGUUUAAUUAAUUGAAAUGAACUUUUGUCUUAAGAAAUCUUACCCUUAAGUGGCUUGAUUGUGUAUUGUAUGUAUGUAUCUACACAAAUUCCAGGAAAUGCAUGAUUUAUGCUUAUUUUAUAAAGGUUGUAUGGGACUUUAGGCUAGAUAGAAAUAAGACUGCUUUAAAAUUGUUAAUAAGACUUCCCAAUACCUAAGCAUUUACGUUAUUUAUAAUUACUUUGACCAAUAAAACAAUGACAAUAAAUACUUAUGCUAACUA